CUACUUCAUGCUUUUCUGGUGUAAUUUCCAAUAGAGGGGGCGAAGCUAUCGCGCGAACUCGGGUACCUGUCAGGUUCUCCACACCCCUCGUCGUGGCUGAAGCCGCUCCACUCCGAACCCUAGGGUUCAAUUUUUGCUUUUUGUGAUCCCGCACUUUGUCGUCCUACCCUGCUCUCCCAUCCGACAUGACUUCCAAGUGCCCCGAGUUCAAAUUCGUCACAGAAGGAUGCCUCCAGGAAUGGAAGGCCUCGAACAGCAAUUUCAAGCUCCCGGAACCGGUCUCUAUGAUCAGGUUCCUCUACGAGCUCUGCUGGGCUAUGAUUCGCGGAGAAUUACCCUUGCAAAAGUGUAAAUUGGCGCUGGACUCGGCUACGUUCUCAGAUGGAAAGAAGGAAGAGAUAGGUUCCAUGCUGGUUGAUAUCAUUGCUCACUUGGGGCAAGAUCUCACAAUGCCUGUAGAGUACCGCAGCCGCCUUACAAAAAUGGCAAAAUGGUUUGCUGAAUCUUCAUUGGUUCCAUCUAGGCUCUUACAAGAGCGUUGUGAGGAAGAAUUUUUAUGGGAAUCUGAACUGUCUAAAUUAAAAGCUAAUGAGUUGAAGUCUAAAGAGGUCAGAAUAAACACGCGCCUUUUGUAUCAACAAACAAAAUUUAACCUCCUUAGGGAAGAAAGCGAGGGCUAUUCCAAGCUGGUUACUCUUCUUUGUCAAAAUGGUGUAGAUGCUGCUAACCAGACUACAUCAUUUGGUAUAAUCAGCAUAAUUAAGUCUUUGAUUGGACACUUUGAUUUGGAUCCAAAUCGUGUCUUUGACAUUGUCUUGGAGUGUUUUGAACUCUACCAUGACAACAACAUAUUUUAUAGUCUCAUUCCUAUCUUUCCUAAGUCACACGCUGCCCAAAUAUUGGGUUUUAAGUUUCAGUACUAUCAAAGAAUCGAAGUUAGCUCUCCAGUUCCUUCUGGGCUUUAUCGUCUUGCUGCGUUGUUGGUAAAAUCAGACUUUAUUGAUCUUGAUAGUAUAUGUGCCCACUUACUUCCGAAGGAUGAGGAGGCAUUUGAGCAUUAUGAUGCACUCAUCGCAAAGCGGUUUGAAGAAGCAAACAAAAUUGGUAAAAUAAAUUUAGCUGCUACUGGAAAAGAUCUCAUGGAAGAUGAGAAGCAAGAUGUUACAGUCGAUUUGUUUACCGCACUGGACAUGGAGAGUGAAGCUGUUAUGGAGCAUGCUGCUGAGGUCGAAAAUAACCAGAGUUUUGGUCUUCUCAUUGGUUUUCUUUCAAUAGAUGACUGGUAUCAUGCUCAAGUUCUCUUUGAUCGGCUAUCCCAUCUGAACCCCGUUGCACAUAUUCUUGUCUGUGAGGGCUUAUUUAGGGCUAUAGAGAAGAGCAUCGCCUCCUCUUAUGAUAUUGUUUGUCAUAAACGUCUCCAAAACAUUGGCAACUCCUUUACCACUUGUUCAGAUACCACAGAGUCGGUAAUUACAUCAUCAAUUCCAGUUCCUCAGGUUGAUCUUUCGAGGGAUCUUUUUCAAAUGCUUGCUGCUGCUGGUCCUUACCUACAUCGUGAUACCAUUCUUUUGCAGAAGGUUUGUCGAGUUUUAAGAGCAUACUACCUUUCGGCUCAGGAAUCUGCUAGUGUUGCUGGAAACCUACUUUCUCAUGUUACUGGGGACGUAACUAGAAAACAUCCUGGCUUUCAAGCCAAGGAAGCCAGGUUGAGGGUUGAGGAGGCUCUAGGAGCUUGCUUGCUCCCAUCGUUGCAGUUAAUACCUGCAAAUCCAGCAGUGGGGCAGGGAAUAUGGGAAGUUCUUUCCCUACUUCCAUAUGAGGCCCGUUAUCGUCUGUAUGGUGAAUGGGAGAAGGACGAUGAAUGCAUUCCUAUGGUCCUUGCUGCAAGGCAGAUUGCAAAGUUGGACACUCGUAGAUUAUUGAAACGACUUGCCAAGGAAAACUUAAAGCAACUUGGUCGUAUGGUGGCCAAGCUUGCUCAUGCUAAUCCAAUGACUGUUUUACGAACCAUUGUUCACCAGAUUGAGGCAUACAAGGAUAUGAUAACACCUGUUGUAGAUGCUUUCAAAUAUUUAACACAGUUAGAGUAUGAUAUUCUAGAAUAUGUUGUAAUUGAACGAUUGGCACAAGGUGGGCGUGAGAAGCUAAAAGAUGAUGGGCUUAAUUUAUCAGACUGGCUUCAGUCUCUUGCAUCUUUUUGGGGUCACUUGUGCAAGAAGUACCCCUCAAUGGAGUUGAGAGCAUUUCUUCUUUUCUUCUACUUGCCGGACAGUUGUUCUCCAAAUGAGGAACAAGGUCUUUCAGAUUUGAAAGGCUCAGUUGGCAUGGUGAUAGUAUGCUUCAGCCAAAUGAGGCCUUCUAGUAUGCGCUCAAAUAGGCAUGCCGUGAAAAGUAGUGGCGACAACCAUGAUAGUGAAAGUAAAAAUUUGCAGGCCACAAAAUUGGAUGGUGAUAUAAUCAUCUCUAGUAUUGCCAAUGGCACGAGCAUCUCUAGUAUUUGUAAGAUCGUUGGUGAGCUGGAUGUUGGCUCCACAUUUAAGUUGUUCAGUGAAAGAUUAUUUUUCUUUAUGUUUUAUUUUCUCCUAAUGCAGGCACUAAGCAAAUCUACUAUGAGGCUGAGAGACUCGUUGCUUCCAAAGGAAGAACCUAAGUUGGCUAUACCUCUUUUAUUACUUAUAGCACAACACCGCUCCAUGGUUGUAAUACACGCUGAUGCUCCCUACAUUAAAAUGGUUAGCGAGCAAUUUGACCGUUGUCAUGGAACACUUCUUCAGUAUGUGGAAUUUCUCUUAAGUGCUGUUACUCCAACUUCAUCAUAUGCUCAGCUAAUCCCCUCACUGAAUGAUCUUGUUCACCAAUACCACCUCGAACCAGAGGUGGCUUUUCUAAUAUACCGACCGGUACUGAGGCUCUUCAAAUGCAACAGUCCUGAAGUCUUUUGGCCCCUAGAUGCGAUGGAAGAAACUCUUGUGACAAUUGAAGGAAAUGAUGUUGAACAAUCUUCUAGUAACAUUGUUUUGGAUCUGGGUACUUCCAAAAAUCUAAUCACGUGGGUAGAUCUCUUGGAAGGAGUUAGAUCAAUGCUACCUGUUAAAGCUUGGAAUAGCCUCUCUCCUGACCUCUACGCCACAUUUUGGGGGCUUACUCUUUAUGAUCUUUAUGUUCCAAGAAAUCGAUAUGAAGCAGAAAUUGCGAAGCAACAUGCUGCUAUUAAAGCAUUAGAAGAGCUCUCUGAUAAUUCAAGCAUGGCUAUUACAAAACGUAAGAAAGAUAAGGAACGAAUCCAAGAAUUACUUGAUAGACUUGCCAGUGAGCUUCAGAAGCAUGAACAACAUGUUGCAUCUGUGCACCAUAGGCUUAGACGGGAGAAGGACAAGUGGUUGAGUUCCUGCCCUGACACAUUAAAAAUUAAUAUGGAAUUUCUUCAGCGAUGUAUUUUUCCACGCUGCAUCUUCAGCAUGCCUGAUGCUGUGUAUUGUGCUAAAUUUGUGCACAUGCUACAUUCUCUUGGAACACCAUUCUUCAACACGGUCAAUCAUAUUGAUGUUCUCAUUUGUAAGACAUUACAGCCCAUGAUCUUCUGCUGCACCGAGUAUGAAGCUGGCAGAUUGGGAAGAUUCUUAUAUGAGACACUUAAAAUGGCAUACUAUUGGAAGAGUGAUGAAUCUAUUUAUGAACGUGAAUGUGGAAACAUGCCUGGGUUUGCUGUUUAUUACAGAUAUCCCAAUAGUCAGCGUGUGGCCUACGGCCAAUUUGUUCGAGUGCAUUGGAAAUGGAGCGGAAGGAUGACCAGGUUACUGGCACAAUGUUUAGAGUCCACUGAGUACAUGGAAAUUCGCAACGCCCUUAUUAUCUUGACAAAAAUCUCUACUGUAUUUCCUGUGACAAGGAAAAGUGGUGUCAAUCUUGAAAAACGGGUGGUUAAAAUUAAGGGUGAUGAAAGGGAGGACCUCAAGGUGUUGGCUACUGGUGUAGCUGCAGCUUUGGCAGCUCGUAAGAGCUCAUGGGUUUCUGAAGAAGAAUUUGGAAUGGGAUAUCUUGAUCUGAAGCCUGCGGCAUCACCAGCUAAGCCUCUGACCAUCAACCUGGGUAGCCUACCUAAUGGUUCUACUCCCAGCGUAUCUCAAAAUCAAAAUGAGAUGAUUGGUUCAAGGAAUUCCUCGGCUGUUAAUCUACCUGUAGAUCAUACAGGUAGAGAGCAGAUGAUCUCUGCUAGAUCAGCAGAGGGCAGAUCAGAACGUCCUGAAAAUUCAGCCCCCAUGAAGUCUGAUUUGGCACAACAAAGAUCAAGGGUUAUCUCCUCAACUAAUGGGUUACCUAGUCAGUCUACUUUAUCUUCGUCCCAUCAGUCAAUCAUGAGUUCUAAGGCCCCCGGUAAUUUCAAAAACACAGAAGAGCUUAAUAGAGUAUUGGCAAUCGAACCUGAGUCAAAAUCUCAGUUCAAACGAUCUGCACAGAGCUCGGUUGGGAAGCAAACAAAACAGGAGGUUGCUAAGGAAGAUGCUAAAUCAGGAAAAUCAAUUGGUAGAGCAGCAAAUCAGGCUUCUGCUAGUUCUGACAGAGAUUCAGCUCAUCCUUCUGAGGGUAGGCAGAGUGGAAUUGCUAUCACUGCUGCUGCUAACAACGGUAACUCAAUUCAGCCAUCAGGGAAGGUACCAGCUUCUGCUUCAAGAACUGACUUACAUGGUAGCCUGCUAAGGACGGAAACUGGGGCAUCUAAACCAUCGGAUAAUAAUACAGAAAUUUCUGAAAAUUCAAAAAGCGUCUCUGUAAGGGCUUUACAUGCUCCUCUCCCUGAUGACUCUUCAAGUAAACAACAGAAAAGAACAAUUACAGUUGAAGAACAAGAUAGGAUUAGUAAGCGUAGGAAGGGUGAUUCUGAAGGAAAAGAUGACUAUGUUUUUGAUGCUCGAUUGCUCGAUAAAGCUCAUCUGUUAGAUCAUGAAAGGAUUAAUACUGAUGAACAAUACCAAAACAGAUCUACAGAAAAGCUGUUGGAAAAACUGAAAGAUAAGGGCUCGGAAAGAUUGGACAAAGAGCAUAAGGAGAGGCCGGACAGAUCUGAUGUGAACCGUGGUGAGGACAUUCAUGAUAAAUCACGGGAUAGGUCAAUGGAAAGACAUAGUAGAGAGCGUUCCAGUGAAAGAAUGCAAGAGAGAGUGGCAGAUAGGUGUCUUGAUAAACCUUUAGAUAAAACAAAGGAUGACAAGGGUAAACCUCGACACACUGAUGUCUCUGCUGAUAAAUCUGAUGAGAGAUUUCAUGGACAAAGUUUGCCGCCUCCACCCCCACUCCCUCUCAGUUUUGUUCCUCAAUCUGUUGGAGGCAAUAGGAGAGAUGAGGAGGCAGAUAGAAAGAGUGGUACAAGCAGACACAUUCAAAGGCUGUCUCCUAUGCACGAUGAUAAAGAUAGGAGGCAUUCUGAGGAGAAUGUUUCUCAGGAUGAUGUGAAACGUAGACGAGAAGAUGAUUUUCGAGAGAGAAAACGUGAAGAGCGAGAUGUUAUUUCUCUUAAGGUGGAUGAAAGGGAUCGAGAGAAAGGGAAUCCUUUGAAGGAUGAUGUGGACCCGACAGCAGCAAAGCGACGGAAACUUAAAAGGGACCAUAUAUCUGAAUCAAGCGGGGAUUAUUCAACGGUCAUGUCAUCACCUUCCUCUUUGGCAUUGGGAAUUCCUCAAUCAUUUGAUGCAAGGGAGAGAAAUGAUAGAAAAGGAGGAUUGAUACAGCAUCGAGCUGCCUAUGCUGAGGAGCCACUACCUAGGUUGCAUGGGAAGGAAGCUGCAGGCAAGACUACUCGACGAGAUGUUGAUCAACUUCUUGAGAGAGAAUGGGAGGAAGAGAAGCGACAGAGAACUGAAGCAAAGAGAAAGCAUCGCAAGUAGGCUUCAGAUUUGUUGUGCUAGUCUGCUGGCUCCAAGUGGCGUGAGUGAAAUCUCUCUAUUUAUGCUGCUGCUGCUUCUCAUUUUAUAUGAUCAGUUCUGCAGCUUCGGUCUUAGCUUUCGAGCCUUCAGAGUCUAUACUGCAAAAACGUGAUGGUGGCUGUGAUAUUGUUAAACAAGUUUCCUUUGUUCAAUAAUGAAUCAUAAUUAAUGGAGAUGAAAUCAAAGGCUCGCAUUUUUUUUGAAGCAGAUUCAAAAUCUUUCAGAGGAAAAAGAGAUUUACAAAUGAUUGAAUGGCAUAGAAAGCUGAACGUUUCAGAUGAAUUCGUUCUUCUAAGAUCAUGUAUAAAAUUAAUUUGGAUCCUUGCUGUUCAAGUUAGUUUCAAUGUCUAUGCAGAGGUGGCCUGUAGCAGGGUGUUCAACGUUAUUUUUCCCAUAUAUCACCAGUCAUUGAUCCUUCGUUACCUCUGCUUUGGAUAUUUAAAUGGCAUAAAACUAUGUUUGUACAUGAUUUGAUUUUUCCUGGAGACGUCUAACAUCUAUAGAACCUACUAGAACAUGUUUUUUUUUUUCCUAUUUAAUUUUGUGAUCAGGAUGACUUUUUUGUCCA